UGGACGAAUUGUGUAUAUAGAGACAGUUCAGAGAGAGAAAGAAUAUAACAAGCGUUUUGCGUCUGAACCUCUUCAGGCUCUUCUACUCUUAUCAACAGUUAUCUCCUUCCUUCCUACUUCUCUCAUUUUGUCUCCACAGAAAUCCAAUGGGGGAGGAAGAAAAGAAGCCAGAGGAAAAGAAACCAGAGGAAGGAAAAGAAGAAGCAAAACCCGAGAAACCAAAAGAAGAGAAGAAAGCAGAGGAAUCAAAAGAACCACCACCACCACCUCCACCUCAAGAGAUUGUUUUGAGAGUCUACAUGCAUUGCGAAGGAUGUGCCAGAAAAAUCCGAAGAUCCCUCAAAACCAUGGAAGGAAUAGAAGAUGUGCAGACAGAUUGCAAGACACACAAGGUGGUUGUGAAGGGUGAAAAAGCGGAUCCGUUCAAAGUGGUGGAGAGAGUUGAGAGGAAGAGCCACCGACAAGUUGAUCUUCUCUCACCUAUCCCAAAACCGCCACCAGCAGAGGAAGCAAAGAAGACUGAAGAAAAAGCACCACCAAAACCAGAAGAGAAAAAAGAAGAGCCUAAGGUGGUGAUCAUAGUGGUUUUGAAAGUUCACAUGCAUUGUGAGGCUUGUGCUCAACAACUCAAAAGGCGCAUCCAAAGAAUGCAAGGGGUUGAGAACGCAGAGCCAGAUCUGAAGAGCUCACAAGUGACAGUGAAAGGCGUGUUCGACCCACCAAAGCUGGUUGAAUAUGUGAAAAAGAGAACUGGUAAACAUGCAGUGAUAGUGAAAGUAGAGCCACAGAAGAAAGUGGAAGAGAAGCCCAAAGAAGAGAAGAAAGAGGAAGAGGUAAAGAAAGUGGAGGGGGACCAGAAGAAGGACGGCGGCGGUGGCGGAGAGGCGGCGCCGGCGCCGGCUGGGGCGGAGGAAGGGACCAAGGUGGUGGACACGAAGACGAAUGAGUUGCUCCAUCACUACUUCCCACUAAAUUACCAUGCUUACCCUCCAAAGUAUGCUCCUGAUCUAAAUUACCAAGUUUACCCUCCAAAUUUUGCUCCUGAACUAAAUUACCAUGUUUACCCUCCAAAUUUUGCCACUGAAAUGUACCACCCAUCACAUCCAUACCCUCCUCCUCAUGCUCCCCAGAUAUCAUAUCCAUACCCUCCUCAUGCUCCACAGAUGUUCAGUGACGAGAAUCCUAAUGGUUGUUCAGUGAUGUAAAAUGGAGGGGCGAAAUGGGGAAAUGUGUUUAGUGAUGACAAUCCUAAUGUUUGUUUGGUGAUGUAAAGAUGGGAGGGAUGUGAUCACGUGAGGGGUAAAAUGGGGAAAUUUCAGGGGUAAUGAUGGGCUUGAAUCUUUUAAUGGUUCAGUGCACUGCAUGUGCUCUGUAUGGGCUCUGAAGUAUAAAUCUGCAGAAAAACUGUAGAAUUUUGUGAGGAUUGUAGCUUUUUGUUAUGUGUUUGCUUUUUAUAAUCUUUUUGCAUAUAAAUAAGAAAAUAAUAAUUUUGUACC